UUGAGGUAGUGAUAACACUUAGGACAUUCUAUUCGUGUUUUUUCAUUGAACAGGAAAACAUGUUUCUACACAAACCACUGAUUAUUUUGGUUUUCUUAGUAAAAGAAACAGUUGCUUAUGAAUGUUACACAUGUGAAAAUGUUGUUCAUCCUGAUGAUUGCCAUAACAUAACAGGACGUAACAGUGAUCAGUCCUGUUAUGCUAAAGUUGACAUCAAAGAGCGAACAAGAACGUUUACAUUAGGAAUCACAGAUAAUGAGAAUUGUGGCCCUAUUCCAAUCUACAAUGUAACAAAAGUGAAAAGAGAUGUGGCGGACCAAUGUUUCGAGUGUUGUAGUAGAGACAAAUGUAACAGCCAGUUAUGUCAGCACCGAAAACCCUCAACGUGUAUUGAUGACGUCACUGUUGACUGCGCACAUAUGAAUGUGGCGUUUAACAUUUGUAGAAAAGUACACCAGGCAAAGAAAAUGUGUCCUAAGUUUUGUCGUCUGUGCUCAUUAGUUGACGGAAACUGGGCUGAUUGGUCUGAAUGGUCUACGUGUGACGUCACAUGUGACGUUGGCAUACACAUCAGAAAGCGCACGUGCACUAACCCUGCUCCCGCGUAUCAAGGUCUGAUGUGUGUAGGAAAUGACACUGACACAAAACGCUGCAAUAAUAUGCUCUGCCCUGUAAAUGGUGGUUGGUCUGACUGGUCGGAUUGGGGAGAAUGUUCUGUGACAUGUGACACCGGUCUGAAGAAGAGAAACCGUUCAUGUUCAAAUCCGUAUCCGAAGAGGACCGGCGUUCAUUGCUUUGGUGACUCCACCGAUGUUGAAAUAUGCAAACAAAAACCAUGUAGUGAUAUUACCUCUACGGUCGCUUUCAGGUCAGAUACAGUAACUGACUCGUCUUUAACGGACAACAAAAUCAUUGUAUUCUCACAUAACACACUCAACAUUGGCGGCGCAUAUAACAACAAGACUGGUAUCUUUAUGGCACCUGUACCCGGACUCUACCAGUUUGCAGCUCAGAUAUGCUUGCCUCUACUUUCUCAUUCGCAUUUUGGUAUCACAGUGAAUGAGAUAAUUCUCACGAAGGUUUUAAUUGGGGACAAGGAUUGGCACAAAUGUUACACGUUUGAUGCUCUGACAUUUGUUGAUCUGGCAAAUCAAGUAUCCGUUAAAUGCAUAGGGUCAUGCCUCGGUGACAAAUUAAUCAAGAAUUAUUAUAUGCAAAGCAGUUUUUCGGGGUUUCUUGUCAAAGCAAAUAUGCAAUAAUAUUUCAAUAACUCUUUCAUUGCUCUAACGAUUUUUACAACUCAAGACUGCAGAGACAAAAUCAAUAAUAUUACAAAAACCACUUUGUUGAUGACAUUUUUAUAACUAUACAAAUAUCUUUUAAAAAAAAAAGAUAUCCACAGAAAGUUUUUGCAAUAACACAUUUUGGAGUAUUUAUGAUUAAAGUGAUAUAUAAAUAUGGGUGGCAUAAGGAAAAAAUGAACCCCUUCAAUUAUUUUUAACAUCAUUAUUAUUAAUCCAAAACCGACAGUUGUCAAGCUUAAGUGUAUUAAAAUGUUUUUUAAUUGUUUAUUCUAAUAUACAUGUAUGUAAUUUAAUGAUUAUAAUUCACAUAAACUUAAAUAUACAACACUCCUUGCACGACGGGUUUCUGGAUUGUCGGUCAAGUAUGUUUACCACUACACCACGGUGGCCGAGUCAUGUGCUUUAAAAUGACGUCAUUCCGACGCCUUUGAAAAAUGAGUCGUGUGCUUGGAUGACGUCAUACCACAGGUUAUGGUGCACGAAUCUUAUAUAAAAUUAUGAUAAGUCAAAACCACGGCUGACAUAACCCCAAUAAAUCAUGCUUAAAACAGAACGCUUACAUUUUCUAUAGUUUUAUUUUAUGUUUACCGUAUAUCUUUUAUGCAUAAUGCGUUUUACAAAUGUAUUUACUAAACUACAUGUCUUUUUUAAGGGAUAAGCAUCUUCUGCUGAAUAUUCAUUGAUCACUUAUAUCUUUUUCAAAUACGUAGUAUGAGAAUAAUGUAUGAUAUAUCGCACAAGUGUGAAAUAUUACUAAUGUAACAUUAAACUGUUUUAAGCGAAUUUAAUUUUUUCUAAAACAACAUGGAACCAUUGACGUGUGUUGCAAAAAGUUUGAUGAAAAAAAUAUCAGUUGUGUUUAUUUAUCUAUUUAAUUAUCUGCCUAUCUAUUUAUUUACUUAAUUUAACAACAUUUCACAGGUAUCAUUUUUGUUGCCUCACUUUGUUUUGUAAUAAAAAUAA